GCCAGUUUUGGAUGAUAAAUAGGGUUUAGGGAUGGUUUACAUCUUAUUUCAUGCUUUAGUCAACAUUAGAGUCCUUGUGCCUUCUCAGUCAGUAGGGACUCAAUAGUAGCAUUGCCCCACGCCCGAGUACAGUAACAGAUUCAAGGAUCCAGACUGUGGACUGUGUGGCGGGGAUCUGUACACUAGGACUGAAGUUGGUCCCAUGGUGUUAGAAAGACAGAAGAACUUUCAUUUCGCAGACAGUGAAUGCAAUCAUGGACCCUAAAUAUAUACAGCGGCCUCGAGUCCGUCGUAUUAAGUGUCCAUGAUGCAAUAAGGCCUUCAUUCACUACAUCCAUUUCAAUAUAAGGUGUAUCUUACAGUGUGACGCUCGUGGAUCAGUUCCAUAACGUACGCAAACAUGUCUCCCACACUAAGGCCACUGCAACCAAAGCCCUUGUCAAGUAUAGUUGAUUGUGUAGGUUAUGGAAUGAACACAUUGUUGCUUAGCAACACUCAAACGUGAUUUAAGCCAAGUGAGUUUUAAGACUCAGUUGUAUAUAAUAGCAUUAUACACUGCACUUUACACAUUACAUUUAUAUGACAAGUGCUUUAACCAUCAACUCAUGGUUAUCAUCUAUGUGUCCUUUUGUUGUCAGUUCCACGCUAUAGGAUGUCCGAUACAAGCCGAGGAUCUGGAUAUGUGGACAACUGGCAGUCAAAGAAGACUGUCACAGAGUGUAAUCUGCGCAUGGUCGACACGGAAGACUUCAGUGACGUCACCUUCCGUGUGGGGGCAGAGAAACAGGUGGUCCGAGCUCACCGCUACGUUCUUGUCAGUCGCAGCUGUGUCUUCGAAGCUAUGUUCUGUGGCCCCCUGGCGGAGACAGGGGAGGUAACCAUCCCCGACAUUGAGGCAGACAUCUUCAAAGAGUUCUUGAGGUAUGUUUACACAGACAAGGCCACUAUCAAUGCUGAAACAGUCACAGGACUAAUGUACACCUCUAGGAAAUACUCUCAAGACGCAUUGUUCAAUCUGUGUGUAACGUUCCUGGAACAAUCCCUGUCAGAAGACAAUGUCUGCCAGAUCCUGGAGGAGUGUCAUGGUUACGGGGAGCUGGACCUGAAACAGAAGGCGUUGAAGCUUCUUACACAAGGAGGGAACAGAGUUGCCAAGUCUCUGGGGUUUGUGAAGCUUUGCCCUGAUUGUAUGGAUCAGUUUGUCAGGUCAGACAAUUUGAGAUUGAAAGAGGAAGACGUAUUUGAAGCUGUGCUGUCCUGGACAAAGGAAAGAUGCCAGAAGGAAGGUGGGAGUGACACGCCUGAGAACAUACGGAGACUCAUGGGAGAUAUGAGGUAUGAGAUCCGGUUUACCAGCAUCCCCCAGGAGUAUCUGGUGAAGGUUGUAGGGAGAUCAGGUGUGCUGACAGGGGAUGAGAGAUUACGAAUAAUGGACAGAGCUAUGGACUCAAAUGUUGACAUAUCUCCGUUUAAACAUUCACAUAGAAAGGCUGACAGUAUUAUUCACGGGCAACGGAAGGCAUCCUGUGCAAUAGUCAAUAGGUUUUCCUCUUUGAGUACCUUUUCGAUGUCGGCUAAUGGGGAUAAUGCUAUCGCCUUCUCACCUAAUCAGAGCAUUUUCCUACAAGGUUGUCAACUGUAUAGUAGACAUGAUGAUACAUAUAAACUGACAAUCAGAGUGUUUGACGCCAAUAACGUGCUGAUUGAUGAACUGUUCCAGAACACCAGGAUGACGCUUAAUGGCAGGAAGAUUUUGAAUGACGUCCUGUUUCCGAGAUAUCUGUCCCUCACAGCAGGUGCGACCUAUACUCUGUGUGUGAACAUGGAGGGACCUCACACCAUCUGUGGUGUGGGAGGAAAGGAUACAGUAACAGUAGAUGGAGUACAGUUCACAUUUACAGACUCUCCAAUGUCAACUACAGACACAUCAACAACUAGGGGACAGAUACCUGGCUUGAUAUUCAGUCUCCCGUCAUAGGGAGUGUAUCAGGUGUGCCUUGCUGUGACGCUGUGGUGAAUCUGAUUUCAUUCAAUCACCCUAAUAAGCAAGUAAACUGCUCAUGUUUCUAUACACAGAGGAUUAACGUGAAGGGAUCACGGAAUUUGAAUUCAGUUGGACGUGGGUAUAGACAGGAUUUCAAUGGCCAAUUCUUAUAAAUAUAAACUGUCAGAUAUAUGUAAACUUCUGGUCCAUAUACAGAGGAUAAACUUGAAGGGAUGUCGGUAUUUGAAUCAAGUUGAAUGUGGGUGUAGACAGGUAUUCAAGGGACACUACAGCCAAUUCUUAUAGAUAUAAACUGUCAGAUAUAUGUAAAACUACCGGUCUGUACACAGCCAGUUCUUAUAAACAUAAACUGUCAGAUAUAUGUAAACUUCUGGUCCAUAUACAGAGGAUAAACUUGAAGGGAUCACGGUAUUUGAAUCAAGUUGAAUGUGGGUGUAGACCGGUAUUCAAGGGACACCACGGCCAGUUCUUAUAAACAUAAACUGUUAGUUAUAUGUAAAACUACCGGUCUAUAUACAGCCAGUUCUUAUAAACAUAAACUGUUAGUUAUAUGUAAAGCUACUGGUAUAUAUACAGCCAGUUCUUAUAAACAUAAACUGUUAGUUAUAUGUAAAACUACCGGUCUAUAUACAGCCAAUGGACGAGUAGACGAAGACAAGAACAUUGGGACCCUAACAUGUACAACAUUGAAGCCUACCUUUCAGCAAGAGCAGAGCUGUUUCCCUUUGUAUAGGUUUUACGGCACAUGGGUUUGAUCUCGCAUUAUCUGAUAUUCAUUGGUCACUUUACGGUUUUCAUUUAUGUGUGUCAUUAAUGAUACUGAGAGAACUGGACGCGAACACGACGUUGACAGUUACCUCCACGGAAGAAAGCGAAGCAACAAAGUCUGAGAAGAGUGAUAUCUUCAUCCUGCAUCUGGACAUGUGUUUUGUUGAACAUCUGUGUAAACAACUUAGUUCCUGUCGAACAAUUGUAGGACUAUUUUACAGAAUCAAAUGAUUAUAAAGAAGAGAAUGUAAGCCUACAUUUGUUUCAGUCAAAAGGUUAGAUUGGCUUAUUUGUGAAGAUGACAUAACCUCAGCAUAACAGGAUACGUUAUAACAAAGCUUGUGGACUUGAUGGAAUAUUCACUGAUUACAUUAGGACGAGUGUCAAGGUAAUGAUGCCUGUAUACCCGAAGUUAUAUAAUCUUGUUGUACAUUGUGGUGCUUUACCUCAAUCAUGGCUUGCUAGCAAUAUCUGUAAAAAUAACUAUAUUAUUUCCUUUAAAACGGAGGAUUUAUAUGCACCUUGUAUUUGUCGCUCUGAAAGUCUUUGCCCUGAUUGUGUGAGAUGAAUGUUGAUAUUUAUUUGAUAGGAACAAUUAAGCUUAUUCUUCCUGGAUGUUUGCCUGCGCUGCUUCCAACAUAAUGACGUCAGCAGUUUGCUAUUUUGUUCGUGGUUUGCAUUCGUGACUGAUGCUUUAGUGCAAGAAGGUCGUGAUAAAGACUUCUCCAAGUCACUCACAACUGCUGUGGUAAUCAAUUUCCUGGUCCCUGUUUUAUGAAUCAUUUUCUUCCUCGGUAUACAUGUUAAUUGUAUACAGUAAACUACGGUUAUAACGAACACGCUUAUAACGAACUGACGGAUAUAACGAACUUACUUUUUUGUCCCUAAAAUUUGCUGUAGAUAUGCUGUAUAUAUGCUUAUAACGAACUACGGUUAUAACGAACUAAAAUUAGUGGUCCCUUUGAGUUCGUUAUAACCGUAGUUUACUGUAUAUCAUAAUAAGCUAGUGUUGUGUGAUCCUUGAUGUAAGCUCAUGUGUGUGCGCACUGCUUGUCAAUAAACUUGGACAUGUACAGUUCCCUGCACGGUCUUAGUUGUAAAUAUAUUGCAGAAGUUGUAAAUAUAUUGCAUAAGCUUCGAUCUACGGAAUUGGGUUAUUAUGACAUGCAUCAACCAAGUGAGCGGGUAAAACCCUGACUCCUUUAGUCGCCUCUACAACAAGCACAGUAGCGUCUUACGGCAAGCAUUGGUUGAUGAAGACAAAUUCUCACCAGAUCUUCACGAGUCAAACGAUGUCACUGAUUUCUAUUGCUGUCUACAGUUUUUUGGUGUAUUAACUAUGAUUAUUAUGAGUUAUAAUUGUUGAUUAACUAGACGUGGCUUGAAUAUGUUUUUUUGCGUUUAUAGAGGUAUAAACGUCAAACCUGGUGCGCGCUCAACAACUAGGUAAAUACAACAGCAUUUUUACUAAUAUCUUUAGUUUUGGAUGUAUAAUUGUGAAAUUAUGUAUUUGAAUUAAUUACAUUGCUUCUGGUAAAUAACAUUUUGUAAUAACCGUAAAUUUCCUAAUGUGUCCUAAAAUCAAUGUUCUUUUGCAAAGAAAUGUUUUUGAGUAUAGUUUAUUUGUAUUUACAAUCUAGAGUAAUGGUAUUUUUGCUUUAUUUGCAGUCAAUCAUGAAAUGACAUGAAAUGACAUGAAAUGACAUGAAAUGAAUGAGAUGAAAUGAGAUGAAAUGACAUGAAAUACUCAUGCAGCACUCUCGAAACAGAAUAAAAUAGAC